GCAUAACCAUGACCAAAGAGCCGUCACAACGUUUUCGAGAAAUUGUGCGGGUGACCCGAUUUUGUGCAAAUCUCUGUGGAUCGGAUGUUUUCGAUCCAAACUAUCGUAUCAAUAUCAGAACAGUGCUAGUUCUUGGAGUUAUUUUGUUUAGUUUUUCAUGUUGCGGUUACUGCAUUCAUUACAGCAUCACUGUUAAGGGUGAUUGGACGCUAGUCAUCCAGGCACUAUGCAUGGGUGGUGGCACAUUGGUGCAGGGCUUUAGCCAUAUGAUGGGGUUUAUGUUCAGGCCUGCUGAACUAAGAGUUUUACUGGAAGAGACCCAUACCCUUUAUGAGCACCAUGAGAAAAUUGAUUCCGAUUAUCGUCUUUAUUUAAAUAGAGGUGUGGAUUUAUUGACUCGCCUCAUGAAGAUUUGUGCAUUUUUCAAUACCAUAUUGGCGGUUGGUAUGUCUUUGGUGACAGUUAUCUACAAUGCAAUAUAUGAAACACGCGUUCUCAUAGUGGGGAUUUAUUUGGAUGCAAUUGAUCCGGAGACUGAGAGGGGCUUUUUAAUAACAAUGAUAUUGCAGUCAUGCUUUAUUGCUGUGGGAGGAUUUGGUCUCUAUGCUGGUGAUAUGGGCACACUAACUACAAUCACUCAAAUUAUGACCUUCAAGGGCUUAUUUUGUUGUAAACUUCGAGAUCUGAAUGAGAUUUUGCUGGAUGAACCAGAUAAUAAAACCAAGUCGUUGGAAGCAUUGAGGGAUAUAAUACAAUUUCAUCAACAAUAUUUGAGUUUCAUCGAAAGAAAUCGAUCAGUUUCCUUUUGGACUAUUUUUGUUAAAUUUCUGACUAACUUCUUUGGUCUGGUUUGUACAGUCUUUUGCAUCCUAUUGGGAGUUUGGCCUGCUGGAUAUAUUUAUAUGGCCUAUUGCUUCACCAUGAUGUAUGUCUAUUGCGGAGUGGGUACAAUGAUCGACAUAGCAAAUGAUGGUUUCAUUGAAGCCUGCUACAAUGGUGUGCUUUGGUAUGAAUUGUCGGCUCUUGAAAGGAAAAUGUUACACACUAUGAUGAUAAUUGCUCAAAAUACUAAAGGAUUGUCAGUUGGCCCCUUUGUGCCUUUGUCUGUGAAUACAGGUCUACAAAUGACCAAAAUGAUUUACUCUAUGACUAUGAUGCUUUUUAACUUUGUAAGUCAAUAAAAGCAAAAGCUGU